AGUGAAAUUUCCCUUCAGAGUUAUCCGCUCCCAUUCAAAUGAUGGAUUAUUAGCUUUUGAUGUCGAGGCAAUCUAAGUUAAAGGUGAUGGAUGAGUUGAACGUGGUGGUGGUAGAACAGAGAGCUGGUCAUUAAUGUUAGAUGAGAGUGAACGAGGGCACUACAGUGCAGGAGGAAGGACUGUUGGCACAAGGCAAACAAUGAUGAGUCAAAUCAAGCCUGCUAUUAGUGGUGCUGUACACACAGCAGUCAAACUGCACCUACAACAGAGAGCCCGAUUGAACGGCUUCAUUGCGUCUGGUGCAUGAGCACCAUGCUCCAAAAUGAAUAUGAUCACAAGCUAAUAAACUCUUACUUCAGGUGAUUAUUUUAAAUUGCCUGCACUUCGUCUCACACUGUAGCCAGUUAUUCUGAUCACCCUCUUAUAACACACCCCACCUCCCCACCAACUGAGACUAGACUAGACCAUACCAUCUCUGACAGGAUGGGAGGGGGCUCGACUGCAGCAUCGUGACAAACUGCAUCAUUUUGGUCUCAUAAAAGCAGCUUAAUUAAAGUGGAACCAGUCCAAGACACGUUUUGAUUCAUUUAUAAGAAUCCCUUUAUGCUUACUGGCCCUCCAUCAGAGGAGUGCACGUGGUUUCGGGCUGCGCUCCCCUCCUCUUCUCUCUCCCACUGGUGAGCCAGUCAGCAGAGCAGGCUGAACAAAGCCAUGGGAGAGAGAGAGAGAGAGAGAGAGAGGAGCUUCUGGGAAGAAAUGUCUCUCACUGACUCUGUCGCCUGGACAACCGGGAGCGCGGAGAAGAUGAAUUUGCAGAGCACAAGUUCAGCACAUUACAAGUGGACUCAGUAGGCCUGCACGCUCCACCUGUAAUUCUUGCCUCAUCAACCUCAGGUACCAGCAUGGAUGUGGAGGAGGAUGAGCCACUGCUGUUUCAGACCAGCUGGAGAGGGCUGGAGGAGGAGCAGGAGGAGGAGGAGCAGGAGGAGGAUGAUGGAGUCGCACACAGAGCAGGGCAGAGCUGUUGGUCUGGGGAUGCUGGAGUGUGUGGUGUGUGGAGAGUGGUGGGUUGGGUUUAUACACAGCCCUGGGCCAGUGGUGUGGUCUUAGGAGUAGUCAUCCUGCUACCAUGCGCCCUGUUUGCCUACAUGCUCCUCUACUGCCCUCCUCUGGACAUAGAUCUCUCCUACAGUGCCUUUGAGGUUCACAGUCACUUCUCCGCCGAGCGCUUUGACGCCCUCACCAUUGCUGUGAAGACUCAACUGGGGUCCUGGGACAGACGUAGGCGCGACUUAGAUAACAGCGAGUCUGAGGCCCUGCGGGACCUUCUGCUGGAGAAGCUGGGCAGACAGGGAGUGUUCAACAGGACAGAUAAUGAGGGUACAAGUUCUUCGCCUCUACAAAGUGACCCUUUACAAGCCAGAGAUUAUCAGAAGAGAGGAGAUGCAGUGAGCAGAGAUAAAAGGACAGUGCCUGAUUUGGGUCAGGAGGAAAUGGGGAAGCACACGAGCUCAAAUUACAGAGCAGGGGAACAAGAUGAGAGAUCAUGGGACGGGAAUCAUACUUCGUCAUUCGUUAGGAAGCGCAGGUUUGCUCCCAAUUAUUACUUGCAAAGCCAGGCACUGUGGAGGAUCGAGCUGGUGUUCGUAGCUCAAGGGAAGGGCGACUGCAACAUCUUCACCCCAGAACGUCUGCAGACAAUUCACCACGUGGAGCGUCUGCUCAUGCAGCACCCUCAGUUUCAUCAGUUCUGCUGGAAGCCUCUGGAAGUGCUAAGGGAUCUGCCACUGGGACCGUCCUACUGCUCCCCACCCAGCUCACUCCUGUCUUAUCUCUACCCCAGCGAGAGAGGAGGGAAGAUAUACUACGAUGGCAUGGGUCCGGACCUGGCUGAUAUUCAAGGUUCUCUGAGUUUGGCCAUCACCCACCCACAGUUCUACUGGUACGUGGACGAGAGUCUGUCCCCUGAGCAUCUCUCCUCCUCUCUCUUACGCAGUGAGAUCCACUUCGGAGCUCCACUGCCAUCCUACUACUCCCUGCAGGACCGAGCAGACGAGCAGAGAGCACGCUUCAAAAACUUUGUGGUUCAGUAUGCAGACAUCUUGGCCAAGCAAUCCACCAGCCAGGUGAAGGUGCUGUAUGGGGGAACAGAGCUGUUUGAUGAUGAGGUGAGGCACACCUUCCACAAUGAUAUGAUGCUGGCUGUCAUCAGUGGAGCCUGCAUUACUGUGCUCGUCUAUGUCCUUACAUCCUUUUCAGUCUUUCUGACAUUCUUUGGGCUGGCCAGCAUUGGACUGAGCUGCUUGAUGGCUCUUUUCUUAUACCACGUUGUCUUUGGUGUAAGGUACCUGGGCAUUCUCAAUGGAGUGGCAGCGUUUGUUAUUAUCGGUAUUGGGGUGGAUGAUGUAUUUGUGUUCAUCAGCACCUUCAGACAGGCCUCUCAUCUGCGUCAGCCGCAGCAGCGAAUGAUCUACACAAUUAAAACAGCUGGCCGAGCUACUUUCCUCACCUCCUUCACCACUGCAGCUGCCUAUGCUGCCAACACCUUCUCUCAGAUCCCAGCCGUGCAUGACUUUGGCCUAUUCAUGGCCCUUAUUGUCAGCUGCUGCUGGCUUUGGGUGUCCGUCCUGAUGCCAGCCGCCCUGUGUAUCUGGACUCAGUGUGUGGAGCCCCAUGAACACGCAUGGUUGAAUUGCUGGAAGCUGUUUUCGGGCCUGUCAGCCAGCCACAGCCCUUUGUCAGAUGUGGAUGAUGAUGUGGCACUUCUGUCAGUGGAGAUGGAGCCAGGCUCCUGUGACACAGACGGAGAUGCAGCCAUUCUGUCCCUGUCAGUGGAGACACCUCUGUCUCCUCCAGGACAGCAGCACGUGGGUGUGGUCAGCACAAAUCUCCAGUGGGCCCUGAAGCAUUUAGUGGCAGAGCCAGCUGUGGAGCGACGAAAAACCGUUCUAGGUGUCUUCCUCCUGAUCUUGCUGUUAUCUGCUGGGUGCUGCUGUCUCCUGAGGCCGGCCACUCAUGCACCUCUGCUUUUCCGCCCGGACACCAACCUCCAGACUCUGCUGGCUCUGAGGAGCAACCUGAGUGGUCAAGGCAUCUCCUGCCCCAUGUGCUCAGGUGUGUUCAUGGAGAAGCCACACUCUCUGUACCCCCAUACUUCUUUAUCAGCAUUUAAGUUUUCUGCACAUCAGCAGACCCCAAGCUCGACAACCUCCACUGCUCCCCGAAGCUCGGUAAAACCAAAUUCAGGCACCAACCAAACAGGCUCUUUGCUGACUGUGUACAUAUCAAAGCUGGACCUUGGAACCUCUACAACACUUUACCGUUUCUCCCUUAACACCAGCACCCCCUCCCCAUGGAAACUAUGCAGCACAGAGCAUGAAGAGGUGUCAUCAUUUCAGGCUUAUAACCAACCCCACAGCAAUUACUCCACCAGAAUGACAGUAUGCGUUUCUCAUGUGUAUCACCCGUACCCCAGCUGGAUGAUCACAUCCGGCUUGUGUGAGCCCCGUCAUGGCUGGACGCCAGAAUUUUCCUUUUAUGUAGCAGCAUCUCCGCAGCAGCAGCGCAGCAGGAGGCUGUACUUUGCGCAGCACCACCUGAGACCUCAUCCCAGUCGAGUGUGUGUCAACCCGCCCGGCUGUGGCAUCAGCUCUGGGCCUGAUGGACCCACACAGGGAGCCUUUUAUGCUCCUCUUCCCAGUGAUACUUCUUCUGCUGCCAAAACGAAACCAUCCAAAACGUUUGGCUUCAACCCGUGCAGCGGCGGUGUGUGUGGCCGCCCAGCAGUGCGUCCUCUGGUCGACACCGGGGCCAUGGUUUUUGUCGUGUUCGGGAUCCUGGGAGUCAACCGAACUGAACACAAGGACAACCAUGUUAUUGGAGAUAUGGGCAGCAUUAUAUUGGAUCCAGACUUUGAUAUUUUCCAGGAGAUGGGGCAUCUCUGCAAAAUCUGUAAAGCUGUAAGCGCAAACAAGCAACUUGUGAAGCCAGGAGGAGCACAGUGCCUGCCUUCAGGCAACAAGCUGUCUUCUAUUCUGCCUCUGCUCCAUCCUGAGUGUCACUCUCUCCCUGAACCCAACCUGCUCCCAGGGCAGCUCUCCCAUGGAGCGGUGGGAAUGCACGGAGGCAAAGUCCGCUGGCUGUCCAUGGCCUUUGAGUCCACCACAUACAAGGGGAAAUCCUCCUUUCAGACCUAUUCUGACUUCCUUCAAUGGGAGAACUUCAUCCAGGAGCAGCUCGCCAGCCUCCCGCAGUCUUCUGCUCUGCAACGAGGUUUCCAGACCUGUGAGCACUGGAAGCAGAUCUUCAUGGAAAUCAUAGGUGUGGAGAGUGCCCUCUGGAGUCUGCUGCUGUCUCUGGCCAUCUGUGUGGCAGCUGUGUCUGUGUUUACUGCACAUCCUCUGCUGCUGCUGCCAGUACUCAUAACCAUUCUAGGGGUGAUCUGUCUGGUGGUGGCGGUCAUGUAUUGGCUGGGCUGGGAGAUGGGAGCAGUGGAGGCGAUUUCUCUGUCUAUACUGGUGGGAUCUUCAGUGGAUUACUGCCUGCACCUGGUGGAGGGAUACCUGCUGGCUGGGGAGACCAUGCCCUCCACGCCUGGACAUGACUCGCAGUCUCCAGCCAAGAGGCAGAGACGUACCCUGGAGGCAGUGAACCAUGUGGGCGUUGCCAUAGUGUCCAGCGCUGUCACCACGGUGAUCUCCACGGUGCCCCUCUUCUUCUGUGUCAUCGUGCCUUUCGCCAAGUUCGGCCAGAUAGUGGCCAUUAACACCGCCGUCUCUAUUUUCUUCACCCUGACCGUGACCGUGGCCAUGUUGGCGUGCAUGGCCCCCGCCCGCUUCAGCAGACCCCCCGGCGCCGUGCUGAAGGCCAGCCUGGCCGUGAUGGUGGCCGCGGCCUUGGGAGCGGCCCUGUGCUGGGUGGGAGGCCAGCUGGGAGCUUUGGCCUGGCAAUCAAUCAGCACAUAAACACAAACAGUCCCUCAACUCACAUUGAUGUCAGGCAGAAGAGUUUUCUCUGGACACAACUGUAAGCACUGUUUUUUCCUCUGUGUUCAGGAGGAACAUCAGAUCAGUAAAUGAUCUUGUACUUUACAGCACAAAGAUGUCAGAAUCAGCUCCAUAAUUAGCAGCAGUUUCACUUUCUUUUCACUUCUAUUCAUCAGUGGAUUGUAAGUAUUGGGGAAAAAAAUCACCCGCUGGUUAUCUCUUCUGAAAUAUAGUGUUUGUGACUCAUAGUAGUGGGUUGACCUUUCUGGGGUUGACAUGAUGAUUCAGUUUGAGGUAAUUUUUUUGAUCUGCCCUCAGCCUAGAGGUGGAAAUGAUUGGGAAACACUGGCUGAGUCACAGUUUUCAUCAGUGUAACUUAUUGAGUCGUGAAGAGCCGCUGACUGUUCUGUGGCCUGCUGUUGCCAACACCCAACACUGCGCUCUGACGUCCAUGAAGAUUAGUGUUCAUAUGAUUCAUAGCCAUCUUGUGAAACAUCACAAUUUUUUUGCAUUGAAUGUGAUUUUUCUCAGCCACAUUUGUAACACACGUUAUGAUGUCCUGCUGUGGCUGGAUUAAAAAAGUUGUCUAAGAGAAAUUUAUACUGUGCACAGUUUUGUUAAAUGUUAACACGUGAUGUAAAUGUCUCAGUAUGCUGCUCUCACACAUUCUGACCUGAUGCUGCCAGCACACACUUGUUCUAAAGAGCUGUGUUUGCUAAUACUUACCACAAGCUUUUAUCCUCUUUUCUGACCCUUUCAUGUGUUUAUAUCUUGGAAUCUUAAACUGCUUCAAGGUCUCUACUUUUGCCAUCAGCGCCAAUUGAAAGAGACUUCUUGUCAGCUCCUCAGGUGUCCCCUCUACACGCCCUCCACCACACUUGUAGGCACUCACUGUUACCCAUUCUGCUCUCACAGGGUUUAGAGCACCACUCAAACACCCAUCAGCGCCAGCUCCGGUCUACCCCGCAGUGAAGGUGAGUGCCAUUUGUCAAACCACAUAACACAAUAAUGGUUAGGGAGAGGGGACUGACUCAAUUGCAGUAAGAGCAGUAAAUUUCUGUUUUGUGUGUGUGUGUGUGUGUUAUUUGGGAAUGUCAAAUAAAACAGGUGCAGAAAGCCUCAAGUCUUUUCUUUUGUGAAGGCUCAGCACUGUUUUCUUCUGCAUUGUUACGUAAUGGAGCAGUGGAGCAGGAUGAAGACCUGCCACUGUUUGCUUACAGUCACAUAAUUACUGGUAGCGCUGCAGUAGAGAGCGCUCCCAAGUCUGGGCGGCUGUCACUGAUUAUAACAAACUGUGUUACCAUUUGUCAGUAUAUUUCUAUUCUAUACUUACAGAGAGUUUGAAUGUCAGUGGUCCAUUCACAUUUGUUUAAUCUGUAAGGUGAUUUUAUUACACAGAGAUCACAUUUUCAUUUGCAGCUGGUGAAUAAAGAGAUAAUGUUAUUUUUAAAGGGUAAGAUGUUGUGUUUCCUGAUCAUGAAAUAAUGAAAUAAUGAAAGUCUGCCCCUGCUGAAGCAAAGACAUUUCAUUCCUCUGUUCAUCUCUGAAUGAUAGUUUCUGCAUUAAUGUUUUUAUUUGUAAUAAGAAUAUGGCUUCACUGUUUUUACUCUUAAAAUGAGCAGGGACAUGUUUCAGUCUGAAAGUGUUGUAAAAAUGUGUCUGAUUACACACAUCCAAAAUAGAAUUAGCUAAGUGAAUAAAGACUUGGACAAAUCUUUAUUCCAUCAUCAAAAGAAAAAGCUAACGUACCCUCAGGAAUCUUUACCGUUUACUCAUGAGUGUGAAAAAUAUCUUGAUCCUUUUAAAAUGUGUUUACCAAAACUGUUUCUCACCCAGACUGCAGUCUUGUUACAUCUGUGUGCAUUUAGCGGCGCUUUUCGAUGGGUUAAGUAGAGCGGGGGCCCCAAUUUCAGCUGUGCCACGCUGGCAGUUUUCCAGAGCAACAGUGCUGCUCCGCUCCUCCUGUUUUUAUGAAAAAGCACAACAGAAUAGUGAUGGGGUAAUUAUUGAGGGGGAGCGAGGUUUCAUGUAAGGGGAUAAAUAUUUAGCGAGGUGGAAGAGGAAAAGCUUUCCUACUGUCUGAAACGACAAGCUCCAUCUAUAAAUAGAGAAUCACAGAUCAAGAUGAAUAAGGGAUAUUUAUAUUUGGCGUGGUUGUUCUUUGUGUUCUCUGGGUGUCAGAAAGUUCUUCUGAAACUUAUUUCAAACACACACCAGUUUGUCAUUUAAGUCCCUGGUUCUAUUACUCCUACUCUUGUGUCCUGGAUUGCACUCAACCAGCAACUCAGCCAAUGCAGUGUAGUAUGUUAAAUUUAAAUGGCAUAAAACAGGUUUACCAUAAUCAGUCAAUACUGUGAACAAAGGUCAGACAUCAAACAGAUGUGUCAGCUGCAGUGUCACACAAUAUUAUUCCCAUAAUGUUGAAUGAGAAAUAAAUGGAGAAAAAGAAUGAGUGAGCAACAAAGUAUAUUCAACAUAGACCAAUGGCUAUACAAUAGAAGGCAAUUAUAGGGCUAAUUUAACAGUACCUUUCCACCUUUACAUCAUAUAUGUAAUUACUAUAACAAUAAAUACCCAGGCUCAUUUGGUUCUUGAGAAAUACUUCAUUGUACCAAGAAAAGGCAUUUUCUCUGAAGAGAAAUUAUUUUACAUCAGAACUGUAAAUCAACACUGAAACAUAAGUCAUAUCUUUAUUACCCCAUGUUACAGGGCACACACAAUGUUCAAGUAUGCCUGAGGAACUAAAUGGAGCAAUUUAAAAAACAAAACAAAAAAACAAUGAAGAAUAAGAGAGAUAAAAUGCAUUUAAAAAUAAGUGAACUGGCAUUGCAUUUCACAAAAAUUCAUAAGCUCAUGAUUUUGGAACAAUUCACUGUAAAGUGCUAACUGGUUCGAGCUGAGAAAAGCACAUGUUCCCUUUGAAAGAUCAUACACAUUACUUUAUACAUGGAGGUACAGUAA